GCCUGUUACCUGUCAACUGUACACACCUCGGUACAACGGCAGCCACAGCGAGGACUUUUAUGAAUACCGGUAAGCAACAGAAGCCAGUGCUAACAGGCCAGCGGUUCAAGACCAGGAAAAGGGAUGAAAAGGAGAAGUUUGAGCCCACAGUGUUCAGAGAUACGAUCGUCGCGGGCCUCAACGAAGCCGCGGGGGACCUGGAUGCUGUAGCCAAGUUCCUGGACGCCACCGGGUCGAGACUCGACUACCGUCGCUAUGCCGACACCCUUUUCGACAUCCUCAUCGCCGGGAGCAUGCUCGCCCCCGGGGGGACACGGAUUGAUGACGGGGACAAGACCAAGGUGACCGAUCACUGCGUGUUCAAGGCCCCCGAGAACCAUGGAGCCAUCCGCAGCUACGCUCAGGUCUUUAACAAGCUCAUCAGGAGAUACAAGUAUCUGGAGAAGGCUUUCGAAGAGGAGGUCAAGAAGCUCCUGCUCUUCCUGAAGGCUUUCAGCGAGUCAGAGCAGACCAAGCUGGCCAUGCUGACAGGCAUCCUGCUGGCCAACACCACCCUGCCCCCCCCCAUCCUCACCAGCCUCUUCAGCGACAACAUCGUCAAGGAAGGAAUCUCGGCGUCCUUUGCGGUGAAGAUGUUCAAAGCGUGGAUCGCGGAGAAAGACGCCAACGCCGUCACCUCCGCCCUGCGGAAGGCCAACCUGGACAAGCGGCUGCUAGAGCUGUUCCCAGCCAACAAGCAGAAUGUGGAGCAUUUCUCCAGGUACUUCAACGAGGCAGGUCUGAAAGAGCUGUCCGAUUUCCUGCGCCUCCAGCAGUCCCUGGGCACCCGGAAGGAACUGCAGAAAGAGCUGCAGGAGCGCCUGUCCCAGGACUGUCCCAUCCGGGAGAUGGUGGUGUAUGUGAAGGAGGAGAUGAAGAGGAAUGAGCUGCAGGAGCAUGCGGUUAUUGGGCUGCUGUGGACGUGUCUCAUGAAUGCAGUGGAGUGGAAUAAGAAGGAGGAGCUGGUCACCGAGCAGGCGCUCAAACACCUGAAGCACUACGCCCCCCUGCUGGCUGUGUUCAGUACUCAGGGCCAGUCGGAGCUCGUGCUCCUGCAGAAGGUUCAGGAGUACUGCUACGACAACAUCCACUUCAUGAAGUCCUUCUCCAAGAUCGUGGUGCUCUUCUACAAAGCUGAUGUUCUGAGUGAAGAGACCAUUCUGAAGUGGUACAAGGACACCCACGCCACCAAAGGCAAGAGCGUGUUUCUGGAGCAGAUGAAGAAGUUUGUGGAGUGGCUGCAGAAUGCAGAGGAAGAGUCCGAAUCAGAGGGUGAGGAAGACUAGCGCGGGAUCCCUGCCGCCCCCUGGUGCUCCGCCACCUGCUUCCUGUGGCCUGUCAGUCGUAGUGUCCACUCAGAGGCCCUAGGCCCCUCUCUCUCCCUCACAGAAACCCAGAGCAGCUCUGAGAAUGCAGCCCAGCUCCGGGCUCCACAAUAGAAAUGUGCACAGAAUGAGC